CGUCUCAGAGGGCGUUCGUGUCGAACUGCGAAGCUCACGAGUGUUCACGCUACGUUCGUAGUUCAAAUGGAAAUACGGUAGUAAGAAAUGCGUUAUGUUCGCGUUUGUGCUAAUGUUUCUCUCAGUGCUGGACUGUUGUGUGCCGUUGUAUCAUCACCAGUUCGCGGUUUAUGUGCCUAAUGGACUGGACAGGGCCCACGAGAUCGCGCACAGACAUGGUUUCAUUAAUCACGGAGAGAUUGGAAACCUGAAGAAUUUUUAUUUAUUUUCCCACCCACACGUCAGUAAAAGGUCAACGAACGCAAGUAUAGAUUACGUCAACCGACUGAAGAAUGACCCACAGGUAAGAUGGGUGAUGCAGCAAAAGGAAUUAAGAAGAACGAAACGAGACCAUCAGUGGAAGCCUCGACAUGUAAUGAGGCAAUCUAGCGCACCGUCUUUUCCUGAUCCACUGUUCAAAGAGCAGUGGUAUUUGAAUGGUGGCGCAGCUGAUGGUCUCGAUAUGAAUGUCGGGUAUGCUUGGAGGAAGGGCUAUACCGGAAAAGGUGUCGUCAUUACUAUACUCGAUGACGGCAUACAGCCUAAUCACCCGGAUCUAUCACAGAAUUACGAUCCGGCCGCUUCAACUGACAUAAACGGGAACGAUACGGACCCGACACCACAGGACAAUGGCGACAAUAAGCACGGGACCCGUUGUGCAGGCGAGGUAGCUGCCGUCGCUUAUAACCGAUACUGUGGAGUUGGUAUAGCAUACAAUGCUAGCAUUGGAGGAGUGAGAAUGCUGGAUGGCGUUGUAAACGACGCAGUGGAAGCUCAAGCACUCGGAUUUAACACGCAUCAUAUUGAUAUAUAUAGUGCGUCGUGGGGACCGGAGGACGACGGAAAAACUGUCGACGGCCCGGGUCCUUUAGCUCGAAGAGCGUUUAUCAACGGAGUAACGAACGGAAGAGGGGGAAAAGGAUCCAUAUUCAUAUGGGCAUCAGGAAACGGGGGGCGGCACACUGACUCUUGUAACUGCGACGGGUAUGCUAAUAGCAUAUUCACUAUAUCCAUAUCUAGCGCAACGCAAGGAGGGUACAAGCCUUGGUAUUUAGAAGAAUGCUCUUCGACUUUAGCCUCAACGUAUAGUUCAGGUACACCAGGACGAGAUAAAAGCGUUGCAACCGUUGAUAUGGAUGUCCAAUUACGAGCGGAGCAUAUCUGCACGGUCGACCAUACGGGUACCUCAGCAUCCGCACCAUUGGCUGCAGGAAUUUGUGCAUUAGCUUUAGAAGCUAAUCCGCUAUUGUCGUGGAGAGAUAUGCAGCAUUUAAUUGUAAUGACGUCACGUUCUCAACCCCUAGAAAAAGAAGAAGGGUGGAUUGUGAAUGGUGUUAAAAGGAAAGUUAGUCAUAAAUUCGGUUACGGACUGAUGGAUGCAGCUCAAAUGGUCAAUCUAGCCGAGCAGUGGACUAAUGUGGCGCCUCAGCACAUUUGUAAAUCCCAAGAAAUAAACGAAGACAAAUCCAUUGAAACGUCUUUCGGUUAUACGAUAUCUGUACAUAUGGACGUGAAUGGGUGCAGCGGGACGACAAACGAGGUCAGAUAUUUGGAACACGUUCAAUGUAAAAUUUCGUUAAGCUUUUUUCCGAGAGGUAAUUUACGAAUAUUGCUUACAUCACCGAUGGGAACCACGUCUACGCUUCUAUUCGAGAGGACUCAUGACGCAACUAGUUCGAAUUUCGACGACUGGCCGUUUUUGAGCGUUCAUUUCUGGGGUGAAAACGCCGAAGGGAGAUGGACUUUGCAAAUUAUAAAUGCGGGCAAUACUCACGCGACGCAAGCUGGAGUAUUGAAGAAAUGGCAAUUAAUUUUUUACGGUACCGCUGUCUCCCCCAUACGGCUACGAAAUAAAGACUAUAUGAACUCGAAAAAUUCGUACCACGAAGAAAAAACAUAUCACAUUAAUGACGUAUACGAUGCAUCUGAAUACUCUCAGUUUUUAAACGAAAUUGAACUAGGUAUUUCAGACAGGCGCAGCUACGAGAAAAACAUUCCAUCGGCUCAAAGAAAGAAUGUUUUAGCCGAUGCUAAUGAUAAGCAAGUGCAGAGACUAUGCGAUCCGGAAUGUGAUUCGCAGGGCUGCUACGGCAAAGGCCCAACGCAGUGUGUCGCUUGUAAACAUUACCGUUUGGAUAAUUCAUGUGUUUCAAAAUGCCCCCCCAGGAGUUUUGUUAAUCAAGGCGGAGUCUGCUGGCCGUGUCACGAGUCUUGCGAAACGUGUGCCGGAGCUGGACAAGAUUCAUGUUUGACUUGCGCACCGGCACAUUUAUUGGUCGUGGAUUUGGCUGUCUGCCUGCAGCAGUGCCCAGAUGGUUACUAUGAAGACCCAGAUGCCAACGCAUGUUUUCCAUGCGCCGAACAUUGUGAUACAUGCACAGAGAAAGCAGACUUGUGUUCUUCUUGUGCCCAUAGUUAUGUUUUGUACAAUGGAUCUUGUUUAGCGGCCUGUCCACCAAGUACUUAUCAAAAAGACUACUAUGGCUGUAUGCCAUGUCACGAAUCUUGUGACUCUUGUUACGGACCGAGCCAAAAUUCUUGCGUAUCCUGUAAAAUUGGAGACUUUGUCUUCAAGAACCAAUGUAUUUCGAAGUGUCCUUCAGGCUUCUAUGCGGAUUCACAGAAAAGGGAAUGCUUAGAGUGUCCGAUUGGAUGUUUGGUAUGCUCUUAUGGAGUGUGUUCUUCCUGUAAAGAGGAGUGGACGCUCACUAAGGGAGGAAGUUGCUUUCCCGAUGGAAACGAAAAAUGUGAUACAAAUGAAUAUUACGAGGGAGGUCGAUGCAAAAAUUGCCAUUCAACAUGCGAGAAAUGUAGCGGACCGAACGAGUGGGAUUGCAUCUCUUGUUCAAGUCCUCUUCUGUUACAAGGGUCGAGGUGUGUAGCAGAAUGUGGACACGGGUAUUAUCAAACCGCCGGUAAAUGCUCACAUUGCCCCCACACAUGUUCGUCAUGCGUUUCACGGCUGAACUGUACAUCAUGCACGGGGGCUUUGCGCUUACAAUCUGGUACUUGUCGAGCAAUUUGUGCCCCAGGCUAUUAUCCAGAUGACGGGAUUUGUUCUAAGUGCUAUCUAUCGUGCGAAACUUGUACUGGACCCAGGAGAGACCAGUGCGCAUCGUGUCCGCCUGAUUGGCGCCUGGCAGCAGGAGAGUGCAGGCCUGAGUGCCCACAAAAUUUCUUUCCAUGGGAAACCAGCUGUCGCCGGUGUCACCACUAUUGUCAAGACUGCCAUGGUGCAGGACCACAAAAAUGUACUUCCUGUCCGCCACAUUUUUCAUUAGAAGACGGUCUGUGCGUGGAAUGCCUUAGUUCUCAAUAUUAUGAAGUGAGGACCAGGAAAUGCCGUCCAUGUCAUGACUCUUGUAGAUCCUGUUCAGGGUCUGGGCCAACAAGUUGUGUUACUUGCGCUCAUCCACUUCAAUUAGAUAGAGUCAACUACAAAUGUUUACCUUGCUGCUUAGAAAAUAUGGCAUCUAUUUACUUAACAGUCAAUGAAACAUCGGAUUGUUGCCAUUGUGAUAAGGAUAUCGGGGGGUGCUUAAAUGGUUCAUCGGCUGGUAAAAGAAGAAUAGCUGAAAAUAUAAGGACACAUAUUACUGCAUCAUAUUUCAUAGAGGAUUCGAAGGAUUCUGCAGAUACCAUCGAUUUAAACUAUGUUAUCAUUUGGAGUGCGGCAGCUACUGUUAUUGUGAUUGUCAUAGUAAUAAUAAUUUUAAAGGUAAAGUCAAGAAAGUGCAUGCGCAGAACGUUGUUUCCGAAGGCUCAAUAUUCUCAACUAACAACAAUAGACGAAGACCUUAUACUACUGACCACUUCGACAUCACUGAAAUCGAAUGAAGACCAAAACGUAGGGGAGCCAACAUAGCGAUAAUCUUCUUAAUAUUAAUUUAACAAAAACGCAGACUGAUAUAGAAAUUGAAUGCUCUGUAAAUAUUUUGUUUAAGUUAAAUUAUUAUUGUGUAAAGUGCAAUAUAUAAGGUAUAAAUUGGUAUCAAUGGAUAUGUUGAUGGGAUUAUAAUUAAUGGUAUCUGCACAUUUUGGGAUCGUUGUUUUUUUUUUUUUUUUGUUUCGUGAGAAGUGAUAAUGUUUUAUAGGAAAAUAGAUUAGGUAUCGGCUGUUGUAAUAUUGUGAAUCGGUCUAAUUGUUUUUAUAUAGAUUACAUCUAUUGUUUAAUGAUGUGUAUUUACGACCAAAAUUAGUUUGUAACUUUUGGAUGUGUUACACUAACCCUAGCAAAAUAUUAUGUGAAAUGGGGUCAUAUUGAUUUCUUUCAAAACACUCAAAUCCAAAGUCUAUUUUGUAACGCGCUCGUGUUUAAGAUUGUUAAGAGUAAAGUGAAAACAUUUGUUUAUAUUUUAUGGGCUGCUUUGAUCUUAACAGACCUCGCCAUCAUCAUACACCGGCUGUUAUGUUCGUACAAAGUUACUUCGAAGGGUUUUUAUGGAUACUAAUAUUUUCGUUUCUUGCAUGCUGAAUUCAUUAGGACCUUUAUGCAAAGUAAAACGGGUAGCGAGCUAACAUAUUGAAUUUUAAAUCACUUUAUUCAAAUAAGUUUGAAUAAACUUUAUUCUAUCAUGUUUCAUUUUCUGAUGGCAUUCAAAAAAUUCAUAAUGUCGUCACUUAGGCAAAAAAAAUACGCCGUUAUACCAAACACAAUUUUUUUUAGAAAAUUGUAUGGUAAAAAACCACAAUGAAGUCAAAAUUCAUGCAAUCUAAUUCAUGCACUAUUUUGGAAGUUAUUAUUGUUCCACGUUUUAAACAAGUAGUAUAAUAAUCUAAAUAUGUAUCAAUUUGUCAUGUCAAGCUAAAAAAACACCCACACCGAGCCAUUUCGUGGCUAAUUGUUGUGCAUUGUUGUAAGAUCUACUGCAUGUUAAUUCGUUGCUUAUGUUGGCUACAUUAUAUUUAUAUACACACAUACAUAUCGACGCUUCGAAAGGCAAACAUGACUAAGCGACAAUAUCUUCUUUGUACAUAAAU